AUGAGGACGAUACAAGAAGGCGAUGAAAACGAAGCCAAGGGAGACCUAAUUGUCAGAAAAGAGAGCUCCAGCCGUAACAUGAGAGACUCGGUAGGGUACGAGGACUUUGAAGAAUUUGUCCUGAAUUUUGAUGAUUAUGAUCUUUGGGAAUCCAUCAAAGACCAUCUGACGCAUCCCGAGGAGAACAACAGCGGUCUGACCCUGGAAGAGCCACAGGCCCUACGCAGACAACAUGGGGCAAAGAACAGAAGCAGCCGGAAGGAAGCCUCCGCCAUCCCCCCAAAGCUGCACUGGAACAAGAAGCGUUUUGAUCAAGGACCCCACGAAGUCUUUGUGGAGUUAAAUGAGCUGGUCUGUGAUGGAGUGCAGGAGAUGCAGUGGAAAGAGACGGCCCGCUGGAUAAAAUUUGAGGAGGAUGUGGAGCAGGACACAUCUCGAUGGGGGAAGCCUCAUAUCGCUUCUCUGUCUUUCCGUAGCCUUCUCGAGCUCAGAAAAACCAUAGCACAUGGAGCUGUCCUGCUGGAUCUGGAUCAAACAACUCUGCCAGGGAUUGCGCAGAUGGUGGUGGAGUCGAUGGUAGUUUCCGAGCAGAUCAGGGCAAUUGAUCGCGCCAAUGUGCUGAGGUCCCUUUUGUUGAAGCACAGUCACCCCAAUGACGGAAGAGAUUCACAUCACCCUCGAAACAAUCCCACCGCUAGUGCCGGGAACCAUGCUAUACCUGGCAGUCCACCAAAAGACCCCCAAGUUCCUCAGGACCCUGACAAUAAACAGAAAGCAACAAGCUGUCCGGAAGGGCAUCGAGUUAAACACUGGAAGCUGAUGGAGAAGAUUCCAGAUAAUGCAGAGGCCACGGUUGUUCUUGUUGGUUGCGUAGAAUUCCUGGCCCAUCCCGCCAUGGCUUUUGUCCGCCUGAAUGAGGCUGUCCUACUAGAAUCAGUCCUAGAGGUGCCGAUCCCGGUCCGUUUCCUCUUUUUGUUGCUUGGCCCAACUCAAUCUAAUAUGGACUACCAUGAAAUCGGACGCUCCAUUUCUACUCUCAUGUCGGACAAGGUCUUUCAUGAAGCAGCAUAUAUGGCAGCAGAACGCCAUGACCUCCUCAACGCCAUCAAUGAGUUUCUAGACUGCAGUAUGGUCCUUCCACCGUGUGAAGUCCAGGGCAAGGACUUGCUACGUUCCAUCGUCACCUUUCAGAAGGACUUACUGAGAAAGAGGAAGGAGAGGGAGCAGCGGCGUUCGGCCAGGGAGAACGUAGCCCCGAAAAUUACAGGACAAGUCUCUGCAGGUCAGGUGAAGCAAGACGAUAACGAGGAUGGUGAUAACGAUGGGGACAAUGAACUGGAUCCGCUGGAGCGGUCUGGAUUCCUGUUUGGUGGCUUGGUCCGUGACAUCCGCAGACGUUAUGUCCAAUAUUGGAGCGACAUUAAGGACGGUCUGAAUAGCCAGUGUCUAGCGGCAGCUCUGUUUAUCUAUUUUGCGGCUCUAUCACCGGCCAUUACCUUUGGGGGUCUUCUAGGCGAGAAGACGCAGGGGCUGAUGGGAGUGUCAGAGCUUAUAGUCUGCACCUCGAUUUUGGGGGUCAUCUUCUCACUCCUCGCCGCUCAACCUCUGCUCAUUAUCGGGUUUUCUGGGCCUUUGCUUGUCUUCGAAGAGGCUUUUUUUAAGUUCUGUCAGACACAGGACAUCGAGUACCUGACCGGCCGCGUCUGGAUUGGUUUCUGGCUGAUUCUGUUCAUUCUGGUGAUGGUGGCGGCUGAGGGCAGCUUCCUCGUUCGAUAUAUCUCUCCGUUCACGCAGGAGAUCUUUGCCUUCCUUAUCUCCCUCAUCUUCAUCAAUGAGACAUUUUACAAGCUGUACAAGGUCUUCACCGACCACCCGUUGCUCAGAACCUACCCACCCGGGGGUAGCCGUACUCCUGCCGUGGGUCCAAGAAUGCAGCCAAAUACAGCCCUGCUAUCUCUCAUCCUUAUGUCUGGAACUUUCCUCAUCGCCUUCUUCCUACGCAAAUUCAAGAACAGCCGUUUCCUUGGAGGAAAGGCACGGCGGGUUAUCGGAGAUUUCGGGAUUCCCAUAUCUAUCCUAGUAAUGGUCUUACUUGAUUAUACGAUAACUGACACGUACACUCAGAAACUGAAUGUGCCGUCGGGGCUGUCGGUGACCUCUCCAGGAAAGCGUGGAUGGUUUAUACACCCGCUGGGGUCCUCACGUCCUUUCCCUCUCUGGAUGAUGUUUGCCUCAGCAAUCCCAGCACUUUUGGUAUUUAUUCUCAUCUUUAUGGAAACACAGAUCACCACUUUGAUUGUCAGCCGGAAGGAGAGGCAAUUGCAGAAAGGUAGCGGGUUCCACUCGGACCUGCUGCUUAUUGGGUCACUGGGCGGUCUGUGCGCCCUCUUUGGGUUACCUUGGCUGACGGCAACAACCGUGCGCUCUGUGACCCACGUCAACGCUUUGACUCUGAUGAGCAAAACGGCACCGGGAGAAAGGCCGCGCAUCGCAGAGGUCAAGGAGCAGAGAGUAACUGGAGUACUGAUUUCGGCUCUAGUGGGUCUCUCGAUAGCGAUGGGCGAGAUGUUGCGGCAGAUCCCGCUGGCCGUGCUCUUUGGGAUAUUCCUGUACAUGGGGGUCACGUCGCUUACCGGCAUCCAGCUUUUUGAAAGACUUCUUCUUAUUCUCAUGCACCCCAAGCAUCACCCUGACCACCCCUACGUCGUCAAGGUGUGCACGUGGAGGAUGCACCUCUUCACCUGUGUUCAGCUCUCCUGUAUCGUUAUUCUCUGGGUCGUGAAGUCCUCUCCGGUGUCCCUGGCCUUUCCGUUCCUCCUCAUUCUCACGGUUCCACUCAGACGCUUCAUACUCCCCAGAUUCUUCCACGAGAGAGAGCUGAAAGCCCUGGAUUCCGAAGACGUCGAGCCGAACUUUGACGAAGACGGGCAGGAUGAGUACAAUGAGUUACACAUGCCGGUCUGAGGCUCCGUACCUUCGGGUUUCUGCCUCCUCCCUUCACGUCUUAUUUUGUUUUUGGACGGAAUGGACUUUCUUUCUUAAACAUUCUGUCUUGUUUAGACUUGAUGAUAUAAAGGUACUUUUAUGAGACGUUCCUGCAACUGCUUGUCUCUGUUGAU